AUGACGUCCCUCUAUUAUUAUUUCCUCUACCUGGGUGGUGCUGGAGCUCAACAUAAGCUUAAUAAACCGCCCGAAGCAAGCGGAGCCUGGCCUGUACUGGGUCACCUCCUUCUUCUCCGUGGUCCCAAACUUUUCCACUUAACACUGUCUGACAUGGCCGACAAAUAUGGCCCAAUCUUCAGCAUCCGUCUUGGACUUCGCCGGGCCAUUGUGGUUAGCAAUUGGGAGUUGGCCAAAGAACUGUCCACCACUCACGACCUAACCGUGGCAUCGCGUCCUCAAAUGCUAGCUUCAGAGCACUUGGGGUACAACUAUGCCAUGUUUGCCUUUUCCCCGUACGGGUCAUAUUGGAGGGAGAUUCGAAAGUUUGUGUCCUUGGAGUUGUUGUCUAUGCGGCGAGUCAAUUCGUUCGGCCAUAUAAGGGUGUCCGAGACAAAAUCCGCAAUCCAACAACUUUAUAGGUUGUGGGCGGAAAAAGGAGAUGACAACUUGACUUUGACUAAUUAUGGUGUCACAGUGGAGAUGAAGCAAUGGAUAUCAGACUUCACAACAAACGUGAUCUUUAGGAUGAUCUAUGGGAAAAGAUAUUCUGGGGCUGAUGUUGACAUAGAGGAAGCUCAAAAGUAUCAAAGAAUUUUCAAGAGGUUCUUAUAUCUGUUUGGUUUAAAUGUGGUGGGGGACAUGAUACCGUGGCUUAGAUGGCUAGAUGUAGGAGGUCACGAGAAGGUUAUGAAAGAUACAUCAAAAGAAUACGACCAACUCAUGGUGAAGUUGCUAGCUAGAAGAGCACAAUAA